AUGCCGAAGGUGAAUGCAGCUCAGGACACCCCUCAAACCCUUCCACUUAACCCUAUGAACCGUAACAUGGUAGACUUGCAAGUGCCAGGGAACACAGGAAGGUUACAAAUGCAAGAAGUGAAGUCCUACUAUCGCAGGUUAGCAAAGGCAUAUCUUGCCACGUUCACAAAAGGCAUUUACAGGCAAAUGUAUUUCGAUAUCCUACGUCGCCGAACGUAUUCCUUGACGCCGCCCGGGGCGAACAAGGGAGUACAAACGAUACUAUUUCAAAUUGUCGAUGGCAAAGUUUACAUGAUGGAUCCCUACGAAGUACCACGUAAUUCAAAACCAUUCUAUCGAACACGAAUCAACCAAGUGAUAUGGUUGCUGUCGAAACUUGCACGCGAAGGACGUAUAAAAAACACUGAGUUCCUUAUGGCGAUUCAUGAUUGCGUGCAAACUGUGAACAAGGAGCAUACCUAUCGUGGGGCACACUAUCCAGAAUCAAACCCAGCUUUCACGAUCGUUUCCUGCAAUUUCUCCGACAACAUUCCAUUCCCCAUGUGGGAGGGAAGCAAACAUCGUGAUGGAGGAUAUUCCGGCUGGGAUGAUACUGUGAGAGAAUAUGCAAGGGAUGACAUACCCUGGAAGCAAAAGCAAGACCGAGCCGUCUUCCGCGGAGGCAACCGUCCAAGCAUGUAUUUCAGAAACAAAACGGACGCCGAUUUGCAUUGCCAUGAUGUCGGCAGGACGAGACUUCACUACUUGUCCACACAACAACCUGAAGUACUGGACGUCUCCAUUGGCGGAUCAUGCGGCGGUGAACGCACACGCUUGGACCGGCUCGAACCACACGAACAUCACCGCUUCAAAUACAUUCUUUAUGCAGAAGGCAAUUGCAUGUGGGCUGAUAGGUUGCGAACACAUGUGUUUGGACCGUCUUUGAUGAUCAAGCAGGAGACACCCUGCGGGCAGUUUUUCGAACCGCUAUUGAAGCCGAACGUACACUACAUUCCCACCGACUUUUUCUUCUCGGAUACUGUGCAGAAAGUGCUAUGGGCAAGGGAGAAUGACAAGUUGGCGCGCGCUAUGGUGGAAAAUGUCAAUGAUUUUGCAAAUAGCUUUCUAUCUUUGAAUGGAAUUGAAGCGUACGUGGAGGUUCUUCUGGAGGAGUACACAAAGUUGCUUGUGGAACCUGAUAUCACCGUUGAGAACGGCGCAAUAGAAGUGACGCACAAGCGGGUAUAG